GUAAAUACAGGUGUAUACUUGUUUUUUUUUUUUUUUUUUGAAAUACCUUACUAUUUCUUUGGCAUUUAUUGUCCAAUAGCUUAGCUGAAUUUGUCGAAAUGGGAACGGUAAAAACCCUUACAACUACGUUUGUAGUUGCUUUGUUAUAUACAAUAACAACUGCAACGGAAAACUUUGGAAGCAGCUUGUUGAAAGAUUUAGUGCCAUCAGGCUAUGAUCAAAAUGUUAUCGUGUCACCCUUUUCGGCUGAGACAUGCCUGGCCAUGAUACGCAUGGGAGCUGGAGGAAAAACUUCCCAAGAACUAGAUAAAAUCCUGAAUUUAAGCAAAUCAGUUUUAAACAUUUUGCCGGAUAAUUAUCACAACGAAUUGGCGAAGUACGCUAAAGCCGGGCAUUUUAAGUUUGCCAACAAAAUCUAUGUGAAAAAUGGUCAAUCCAUAAAUGAGGAUUUCAAAACAUUGCUCGCCGGUAAAUUCUUUUCAUCAGCUGAGAACAUGGAUUUCAGUCAAACGGAAAAGGCAGCCGAGGGCAUUAACGAAUGGGUUGCCUCAACGACAGGAAAUACAAUCAACAAUUUGGCAGAAAAUCUACAACCCAACACAGAUCUGCUUCUAGUGAGCUCAGUUAAUUUCAAUGGUCCUUGGAAGACUGGAUUCAAUGCGAAUUGGACGAAGCCAGAUAAAUUCUAUGUUGAUGAAGAUGAUAAUUUUGUCAUGGUGCCAAUGAUGAAAGUUCGUUCUUAUUUUCGCUAUGGCAGACAAGCGGCAAUGAAUGCUGGUGCCAUACUGUUGCCAUAUCGCGAUGCGGGUCUAUCGAUGUUGGUGGUGGUGCCAUUUAGAGCUGACGGCUUAGAUAAAGUUUUGACAACAAUGAAAUCGGUGGAUAUGCCAUCGUUUAUUGAAACUAAAGUGUUUCAAAGGAAGAGUAUUGAAUUUCGUAUGCCGAAAUUUAAAAUGGAUGUUACAGUCAAUUUAAAGGAUAGCCUUAAAAACCUGGCUAUGACAAGCAUUUUUGAAGGUGCUAAUUUAGCCAAAAUGUUGACAUCCUCUCAACCUAUAUCUGUAACCGAUAUCAUUCAACAAAUAAAUCUGGAAAUUGGUGAAGAAGGAGAUCCAGCUUCUCCCAUAUUGACUUCGAAUCAUUAUAGCCGCAAUAAUCCAUUCUUCAGAUUCAGUGCCGAUGGACCGUUUUAUUAUGCCAUUCUAAAUAAGGCAUACAAACCUUUAAUUGAAGGUGUAUUUGUUGGAGCCUAAUUCAGAUGUAAUCAUAUUAAUUUCAAAAAAAAUUUCGAAAAAUA